GCCCAUAAUGUCGUAAACCAAACAAUAAUAAGAAAAAUAUAAUUGACUUUGGGAUUGUUUAGAUUAUAAAUUAUCAAAUUCUGUUUAAUUCGUCCGUCAUAUAGUCAUGAACAAUAAGAUUUGUUUUGUUAUUUUUUAUACGUCUACCGUACUACAUUUGGUGAUAAGCGACGAGAAAUUAGAAGAAAACAAUGAAAAUAAUGACAAGAUGAGCGAGGAUGAGAUAGUUGCAGCGUUUCAACCAGAAAACACAAUCUUGAAUAAACUGAAAGACGAAGAAAAUUAUGAAGAAAAAGAGUUAGCUGAAACAGAUGAAGAAAAUGAUGAAAGAAAUGAAAUAAUCGAAUUAGAUGAAAGUAAUGAAUUUGACGAACCAGAUGAUGAGAAUGAUGGAAAAAAUGAAUCAGCUGAACCAGAUGACGAAAGCGAUGGAAAAAAUGAAUUACUCAAAGCAGACGAAAGCGAUGCAUCAUUAGAUGAUAUGCUACAAGAAGCAAAAGCUGUCGGUGAUUACGCAGAUUUGUUUGGAACUAAUCAACAUUAUAGUAUUCCUGAUACGUACCAAGAUUUCGGAAGAAGAUUUGUAUUAAGCUAUCCAUAUUUCGAGAAGACACCUAUAGCGAAGGAUGCCGCUGAAACUGAAUUAGACAAUGCAAUAAAGCAACAUCUGGAAGCUAAGAAAAUAUCUGAUAGGAGGCUCUUACCACAUAAGGCGCCACCAGAAUUCGUCCUGGCCGUUGCAAAACAAUCAGCUAAUUUAGAAUCUAUGAAACCAAAAAAAAACAUAAAUAAAUAUAUAAGAAAAGAUAUUCUUAGAACUGGGGAUUAUUGGGAUGACGUGUGGAAAGAAGAUGUAGACGUCAAUAAUAUAUUAAGAUCAUCUAACAAAAAUCAGAACGAAUUGGAAUCUGUUUCGGUUGAAAUAUCCCCUGGUUCGAAGCUAUACGAUCUCAUUUCAAUUCUUCAACAGAAAUCACCUCGUCUUCUUUACGUCAUAAAUAAAAGAAAUGAUAAAUAAAUUCGAUUUUUUUUU